CAGGCAACAGCAGCGAAUGGGCGAGCCAAUACUGCGUGACGCGCGGGAACAGGAGGAGUUCGAGGCCGGUGGCGGCGGUGGCGACAGUGUCCAUCUGGGGAUAGAGCUGGAGGGACCUGGGGAGCGUGCAGAGAUCUCUAACUCAAGCGCGAGGGACCUCCCGCCGGGAUGCCUGGGGAGCAGAUGGACCCUACUGGAAGUCAGUUGGAUUCGGAUUUCUCUCAGCAAGACACUCCUUGUCUGAUAAUUGAAGAUUCUCAGCCUGAAAGCCAGGUUCUAGAGGAUGAUUCUGGUUCUCACUUCAGUAUGCUCUCUCGACACCUCCCUAAUUUACAGACACACAAAGAGAACCCUGUGUUGGAUGUUGUGUCCAAUCCUGAACAACCAACUGGAGAACAAGGAGACAGUAAUAGUGGGUUCAAUGAACAUCUGAAAGAAAGCAAAGCUGCAGACCCUGUGGAUUCUUCUCACCUGGAUACAUGUGGUUCCAUCAGUCAGGUCAUUGAACAGAUACCUCAGCCAAACAGGACAAGCAGCGUUUUGGGACUGUCAUUUGUGCCUGCUCCUCCUGAGGGGGAAGAGAAUGAAGAAGAGGUAGAAGAGAAGGAGAAAGGAGAAAAGGAAGAAGAUACUCCAGAUAAUGCCACACACUCCCUUGGUGCUGAAGAUCCUGCCUCAUCACAGUUGGGCUUUGGGGUUCUGGAACUCUCCCAGAGCCAGGAUGUUGAGGAACACACUGUGCCAUAUGAAGUAGACAGAGAGCCUCUACAGUCAGCAAUCGCCAACCCAAGCUAUCCUAGGCUAUCUGGUGUGGAUUCUAAUAUUGCAAUUAAGCAUGAAGAACAAUCCAAUGAAGAUGGCUCCAUGGCAGAACAGCCCAGCGAGGAAUCCCCUACGGUGGCACAGCCCAAUAAGGACAUACAUAUGGUCAAAGAGCAAAAUCCACCAGUGGCAAGGUCAGAGGACUUGCCUCUUAGCCCCAAAGUAUCUGUUACUGCAGUGGAAACAAAAGAACAAACAUCUGCUCCAGAACUUCUGAAAGAUGGACUGCAGAUUCAGAAGUCACCAGAGCCUGAGGCUUUGUCGACUCAGGAAGACUUGUUUGACCAGAGCAAUAAAACAGCUUCUGAUGGUUGCUCUACUCCUUCAAAGGAAGAAGGUGGCUGUUCUCUGGCUUCCACACCUGCCACCACUCUGCAUCUCCUGCACCUCUCUGGUCAGAGGUCCCUUGUUCAGGAGAGCCUUUCCUCGAAUUCCUCAGAUCUUGUUGCUCCUUCCCCUGAUGCUUUCCAAUCUACCCCAUUUAUUGUUCCUAGCAGCCCCACAGAGCAAGAAGUAAGGAAAGAUGAGCCAAUGGACAUGUCAGUGUUAUCUGAAGGAGGAAGAGAGUCUCUUCAGAAGAAACUCAAAGGUGAUGAAUCAGUGGAGACAGAAAACCUCCCUGUGCCCCCUGAGCCCGUGAUGUCACCACAAGCCUCAACACCAGUGUCCCAGAGCACGCCAGUCUUCACUCCUGGGUCACUUCCUAUCCCAUCCCAGCCGGAGUUCUCUCAUGAUAUUUUCUUUCCAUCUCCAAGUUUGGAAGAACGAUCAAAUGAUGGGAAGAAAGGUGGAGAUUUGCAUAGCUCAUCUUUGAUUGUCGAGUGUUCUAAAACUCCAGGGGUUGAACCAAAGAAUUCCAGUGAGGAUCUUGGGCUAUCUUUGACAGGGGAUUCUUGUAAGUUGAUGCUUUCUACAAGUGAGUAUAGUCAGUCCCCAAAGAUGGAGAGCUUGAGUUCUCACAGGAUUGAUGAAGAUGGAGAAAACACACAGAUUGAGGAUACUGAACCUGUGUCAUCAGUUCUCAAUUCUAAACUUGUUUCUGCUGAAAAUGAUAGUAUCCUGAUUAAUCCAGUACAAGAUGGCCAAGUAGAAGUGAAUCAGAGUGCUGAUGAAACAAAGGGGGAUGACACAGAAACCAGAGAUGACGUUAGCAUUUUAGCUACUGAUUGCAAAGGCAGAGAAGAAACUGUAGCAGAAGACAUUUGUAUUGACCUCACUUGUGAUUCAGGGAGUCAGGCUGUUCCUUCUCCAGCUACUCGAUCAGAGGCACUCUCUAGCAUGUUAGAUCAGGAGGAAGCUAUGGAAAUUAAAGAACAUCAUCCAGAGGAGGGGUCGUCAAGUUCUGAGGUGGAAGAAAUUCCUGAGACUCCCUGUGAAAGUCAAGGAGAAGAGCUGAAAGAAGAAAAUAUGGAGAGUGUCUCAUUACACCUUUCUCUGACUGAAACGCAAUCCCAAGGGUUGCAUCUUUCAAAGGAAAUCUCAAAACAAGAAUGUCAGGAAGCUAUGGAAGUUGAAACCAGUGUUGAUUCCCCCCAAAAGCUUCCAGUACUUGACCAAGAAUUGGAACAUAAGGAUCAAGAAGCAUGGGAAGAAGCUACUUCAGAGGACUCGAGUGUUGUCAUUGUAGAUGUGAAGGAACCGUCUCCCAGAGUUGAUGUUUCUUCUGAACCUUUAGAGGGAGUGGAGAAAUGCUCAGAUUCCCGGUUGUGGGAGGAUGAUGCUCCAGAAAUAGAACCAUGUGCUGAGAAUAGAGUUGAUACCCAGGAAGAAAAGAGUGCUGAAUGUGAAGAUCUGAAAUCAGUGACUACAGUAAAAGAACCUGUAGCGGCUGACUCUUUACCUCCCAUGACUUCAGUAAGAGCAGACGAUGCUCCAAAACCUGAUCAGCAAGUGCAGCAGACCCAACCUCAAGAGAAAGCAGAUAACUUACUAACAGAAGACUCAAAAAUGGCUAAUACAAAGAAGCUGGGCUCAGGUGUAGAAGCUCAGAAGCUGGAGAAGGCCUCUGCCCACACCUCGCAAAGCUUCUGUGAAAGCUCUAGUGAAACUCCAUUUCAUUUCACUUUGCCUAAAGAAGGUGAUAUUAUCCCACCAUUGACUGGCACGACUCCACCUCUUAUUGGGCACCUAAAAUUGGAGCCCAGGAGACACAGUACUCCUAUUGAUAUUAGCAACUAUCCAGAAAGCACCACAGCAAACAGUGAUGUCAUGUCUGAAAGCAUGGUGGAGACCAAUGAUCCUAUACCUGGGAAUGAAAAAGGAGGUUCUGGGACUGUCCCCGAAACGGAUGAAAAAUUGUGUCUAAGAAUGAAACUGGUCAGUCCUGAGACUGAGGCAAGCGAAGAGUCUUUGCAGUUUAGUCUAGAAAAGCCUGCAAUUGGUGAAAUAAAAAACGGAUCUACUGCUGCUGCUGAGGCUGUUGCCAGUCCCCAGACAGCCAUGUCUUUGCUUAGCUGUGUCUGUGAAGCCCGGCAAGAGGAUGAAGCUCGGAAUCAGGAUCCCUGCUCCGCACCUACCAGGGGGAACUUACUCCAUUUUCCAAGUACUCAAGAUGAAGCAGAGAAGGGAAAAUUGGAAGGUGACCAAAGGACCAGGCAACAUCAACAAAUGAUAAAGCCCAGCAGUCCUGUCAAAGACUUUUUGUCUGCCUCCCAGCUGGUGGCCAUACAGGGGCCAGCCAGUCUUCAAGGUGAAGCAAUGGAGACAGAUGUGCUGGAAGGCCAGAAAGAAGGGUGGAAUACCAACCAGGAAAAACCUAGUAAGGCCUUGAUUGAAAGGCCCAGCCAAAAUAAUGUAGGAAUUCAGACCAUAGAGUGUUCCCUACGGGUCCCAGAAACUGUUUCAGCAGCAACCCAGACUGUAAAGAAUGUGUGUGAACAGGGGACCAGCACAGUGGACGAGAACUCUGGAAAACAGGAUGCCACAGUUCAGACUGAGAAGGGGACUGGGGAGAAACCAGUCAGUGCUCCUGGGGACGAUACAGAGUCCCUCCACAGCCAGGGAGAGGAAGAGUUUGAUAUGCCUCAGCCCCCACGUGGCCACGUCUUGCACCGGCACAUGAGAACCAUCCAUGAGGUUCGCACGCUCGUCACUCGUGUCAUCACAGAUGUAUAUUAUGUGGAUGGAACGGAAGUAGAAAGAAAAGUUACUGAGGAGACUGAAGAGCCAGUUGUAGAAUGUCGGGAGUGUGAAUCUGAAAUUUCCCCUUCAAAGACUGGGGGCUCCUCAGGUGACCUGGGCGACAUCAGCUCCUUUUCCUCCAAGGCAUCCAGCUUACACCGCACAUCAAGUGGGACGAGUCUCUCAGCCAUUCACAGCAGUGGCAGCUCAGGGAGAGGAGCCGGACCACUCAAAGGGAAAACCAGCGGGACAGAACCCGCAGAUUUUGCCUUGCCAAGCUCCCGAGGAAGCACAGGAAAACCGAGUCCUAGAAAAGGGGUCAGUCAGACAGGGGCGCCAGUGUGUGAGGAGGAUGGUGAUGCAGGCCUUGGCAUCAGACAGGGAGGGAAGGCUCCAGUCACGCCUCGUGGGCGCGGGCGAAGGGGCCGCCCGCCUUCUCGGACCACUGGAAACAGAGAAACAGCUGUGCCUGGCCCAGUGGGCAUAGAGGACAUUUCACCUAGCAUGUCACCAGACGAUAAAUCCUUCACCCGCAUCACACCAAGAAUGCCAGAUUCCACCAGACGAGGAGACAUGGGUGCUGGUGCUUUGUGUCGAAGCAACUCCCCAGAGAUCCCUUUCCAGGCGGCUGCUGGGUCUUCGGAUGGCUUAGAUGCUUCCUCUCCAGGGAACAGCUUUGUGGGGCUCCGCGUUGUUGCCAAGUGGUCAUCUAAUGGCUAUUUUUACUCUGGGAAAAUCACACAAGACGUCGGAGCUGGGAAGUAUAAAUUACUCUUUGAUGACGGGUACGAGUGUGAUGUGUUGGGCAAAGACAUUCUGCUGUGUGACCCCAUCCCGCUGGAUACGGAAGUGACAGCUCUCUCGGAGGACGAGUAUUUCAGUGCAGGAGUGGUGAAAGGUCAUAGGAAGGAGUCCGGAGAGCUGUACUACAGCAUUGAAAAGGAAGGCCAAAGGAAGUGGUAUAAGCGAAUGUCUGUCAUCCUGUCCUUGGAGCAAGGCAACAGACUGAGAGAGCAGUAUGGCCUUGGCCCGUAUGAGGCAGUAACGCCCCUCACCAAGGCAGCAGAUAUCAGCUUAGACAAUUUGGUGGAAGGGAAACGGAAACGGCGCAGUAACCUCGGCUCCCCGGCCACGCCCACUGUGUCCAGCAGCAGCAGCACAACCCCCACCCGGAAGGUCACAGAAAGCCCUCGUGCCUCCACGGGAGUUCUCUCAGGCAAAAGAAAACUUACCACUUCUGAAGAGGAACGGUCCCCUGCCAAGAGAGGCCGGAAGUCCACCACUGUGAAACCUGGUGCGGUGGGGGCAGGAGAGUUUGUGAGCCCCUGUGAGAGUGGAGACAACAUGGGUGAACCCUCCACCCUGGACGAGCAGAGAGGCCCUUUGCCACUCAACAAGACCUUGUUUCUAGGCUAUGCCUUUCUCCUUACCAUGGCCACAACAAGUGACAAGUUGGCCAGCCGUUCCAAACUGCCAGACGGUCCUUCAGGAAGCAGUGAGGAGGAGGAGGAAUUUUUAGAAAUUCCUCCUUUCAACAAGCAGUACACAGAAUCCCAGCUUCGAGCAGGAGCUGGCUAUAUUCUCGAAGACUUCAAUGAAGCUCAGUGUAACACGGCUUACCAGUGUCUCCUAAUUGCGGAUCAGCAUUGUCGAACCCGGAAGUACUUCCUGUGCCUUGCCAGUGGUAUUCCUUGUGUGUCUCAUGUCUGGGUCCAUGACAGUUGCCAUGCCAACCAGCUACAGAAUUACCGCAAUUAUCUGCUGCCAGCUGGUUACAGCCUUGAGGAGCAAAGAAUUCUGGAUUGGCAACCCCGUGAAAACCCUUUCCAGAAUCUGAAGGUACUCUUGGUAUCAGACCAACAGCAGAACUUCCUGGAGCUCUGGUCUGAGAUCCUCAUGACCGGGGGGGCAGCCUCCGUGAAACAGCACCAUUCAAGUGCCCAUAACAAAGAUAUUGCUUUAGGGAUAUUUGACGUGGUGGUGACGGACCCCUCAUGCCCAGCCUCGGUGCUGAAGUGCGCUGAAGCAUUGCAGCUGCCUGUGGUAUCACAAGAGUGGGUGAUCCAGUGCCUCAUUGUUGGGGAAAGAAUUGGAUUCAAGCAGCAUCCAAAAUAUAAACACGAUUAUAUUUCUCACUAAGGAUACUUGGUCUUACCAGUUUUAUUCCCUGUUGUUGUGGAGACUGUGUUUUAACAAGGUUUUAAAUGUGUCUUGUGUGUAAUUGGAUUCUUUGCAUGGAUCUUGUAUAUAGUUUUAUUUGCUGGACUUUUAUGAUAAAAUAAAUGUUGAAUCUCUUUGGUUGUAGUAA